AUGGAGCGUACGCCAGCAACCCAAGCCAUGAGCAACAGCAUGGAACCACCAACCAAAAAGGUCAAGAAGGAGAACGUGUCGUCAGAUGCCCCAAGCCAAGAGUCCGAGAAGAACAACAACAUGAAACCACCACAACUUGACGCCGCCACCAAUGACGAGGACUGGCAACCUUCAUGGCUGCCAGAGGGUUGCUCUAUUGUCCGUGUUCCCGUCUUGGGGGGAAGUGACAUCAAGUGUUCAUUUGCCUUUCCUGCGAACCUGAUUUAUGACAAUUUGGCGUCUCUUCUCGGUUUGAAAGUCGGCAAUGACGACUCGGAUGGUGGAUCCACCGGCGGAUCCUUCUGUCGUGGAUGUUUGGAUGUCGACAGCAAUGCUCUGGUAGAGCUACAAAUCACAUCUUACAUGUGCGAAGCAUAUGUGGCCUUCCGAGCUCAAGGCUUUGUGGAACGGCAGUUCACAGACCUGUGGCCCUUCAUGUUGCGCCUGGCAGUCCCAGAUAGUGUGCUGCAAGAUUUUUUGCUCCGUGCUGGUAAAUGCUACAUUGCAAACUCCACGAAAUACUACAUUGAAAGUUUGGGAGGAUUUGACUACGAUCAGCAACUUGAUUCAGUAGGUUUUUUCAAAAAAUGGUGCCGACCUCGUGGAGUCCCACGACAUGCCGUUCUUCUCCCUGGAACCGAGGUACCACCUACCGGUAUGUAUGUGCUCUUGCAUGAGUCUCCAGAAGAUAUCGAAGCGAUGCGAAAACGAGUCCAGAAAAAGGUUUGGGAGCAUUCGGCUGUCAAGGAAGCACUCGCGUUUGGAAACCCAAAGACCCAGCGGAAACUUCAGCGCCACUUGGUUUCGCGAAUGAUGGAGGAACGUCUCCCAUUUUACAACAUUCCACUUCUUGAUGUCGAACCAGAAGAGGACGCUGUAGUUUCCAAUAAUACCCACCAGAUGGACAACGCGGGUGAUGUCUGA